AUGGCGUCGAGGUCGAGCUUGGAUUUGGGAAAGAUCGUGCCCCCCGCCGGCUUCCUCCUCCACGGCCGUGCUGCCGUUCCCAGGACCCCCUUUCUCCGGGAGAGGAGCGUGAGGGGGAGGCGCGGCCUCUCCUUCUCGGUCUCGUCCUCCAACGGUGCAGCUGCACGGUCCCCGUUGAGUGACUCGGAGAAGAAUGGCCCUGUGGUGAUGGAGAUCCCACUAGAAGAUAUCAGGAGGCCACUAAUGCGAAUUUGUGCCAAUGAUCCUGCCAAGGUGCAGGAGCUCAUGGAUAGCAUCCGUGUCAUCGGUCUCCAAGUACCCAUUGACGUGCUGGAGGUUGACGGAGUCUAUUAUGGUUUCUCUGGAUGCCACCGCUACAAGGCUCACCAACGCCUAGGACCCCCGACCAUCCGCUGCAAAGUCCGCCGAGGGACAUAAGAAACACUGAGGCACCAUAUGCGAUGAAUCCGUGGGAAGAUGAACG